UGUACGAAAUAUAUUCCAUUUUUAUAAAGGUAUUAUUGCAGAUCUGCGAUCUUGUUUCGGAAAUUUUAGGAUAAAUCGGUUAAAAAAAAUAUGCAAAACCAAAGGGAGGGUGUAAACCGUAAAACAAGUAGCUGCAUACGAAUACAUGGAAAAUUACAAAUGCUUGACAAUGGGAUUUCGUUUUCAAUCACGUGCACAGAUUUUUUCGUCGCAAAGCGCAUCUCUCGUACGAGUUUUCGCAGAAUUUUGACUCCGCGCGUUGUAUUCCGUUCCGAUGAAUUGUUGUAACGAAUGAACUGCGCGUUAGCGUUCGCAAAAUAUUGACCAACGCGUUUAAAAAUUUGUAACGGUAUUUGGACACAUAUUGAAACGUGAUUUUCUGUAAAAUAAAUAUCCAGUUAGAUGCUUUUGAACCGUAAAUAUAUUAGCGAAUAAAAUGAAAUUUAAAACGCGUCAGGCGCGUUCAUUUUUAGGAUCGUCUAUUUAAAUUUAUAGCGAAAUCGGUAAUCACCUUCUUCUUAUCUUAGCUCUUUUACGGCCGAUAUUAUCCAGAUGUCACAACCACACGUGACACAUUCCACCGUUAAUCCAACCAGAAUUUCUCGAAUAUUCUCGAACGAAUCGCAGAUCCUUGUUUGUUAUUGUUUAAAACUCUUGAACGUGCGAGAAAUUGUAUUGGUUGUCGACAGUUGGCAGAAAUACUUCCUCUUUUCUAGUAUUCGGUUAACAUUGGCAUGCAAAAUAUCUGGAAUUAAUGACGCAAUGGCGAAUGGAAGACCGAUAUUGCCAAGAAUAGCGAGAGAUCGAAGAAUGGCACGAGUUGUGGUCGAAAGGGGAAUAAACGACACACGCGACGACUAACAGUUAAGAUUUGGAAACGCGGCUUGCAGGUUUUCGAUUAUCUUAUUUCGAUUAUCUUACUUCGAUUAUGGAGAAAAAGACGGCAAGAGUGCGAGAGACGCGUGAUAUAUUACAAACAGAUUGGCCGAAGAAUUCUUAGCGAACCGACGACGCUACUUGAAUAGCCAUUUUGCGAAUGUUUCAUUUAAAUGAAAUAACCAGCGCGAUCGGCCAUCCACGAGGGACAAAAGCGUAAAAAGAACGAUCUGUACGCGUAUAUCUGCGUUCGUUCCGUAGGUUUAACCACGUUAACGAUCAAUUAAAGUCGCUGUGAUUAUCGCGGGUGCCGCGGGUGCGCGCAUCCCCCUACGGGGAGUGUAAAAGCGGCAGCGCGAACCGGACGCCCGGUGGCGGCGUGAUGCCGUGUAGUUGUCUUCGGUGUGUGAGUGACGCGGGACGUUAGGAGUACGACUGGACUGGCGUCGCGACGCCCGGAGGGGUCACCCUGACCCGGAAGCUCCGCCCCUGUGGAAGUCGAGCCGCCAACCGGCGUAUCCAACGUUCGGAGUACGGUAGGAGGAGCCACCGUGUCUCCUUGGCGCCAGGUAACCACCGAUCCUGAACUGGAACCUCGACGACUGUCUGUUGGCAUUUAGUAUCGCGUCGACUCUCGAGCUAACGUUGUCUUCCUUUUUUUUGUAGCGAAGUAACAGUACAGAACAUCGUGAAGAAACGCGUACCGCAGGCCGCACGUUCGUUGGAUAUGUUACAAGAACUUUCGGGCACCGAAAUCGAUGUAAAAGACAUCGAUAUCGUACGGAGGAACUAGCGUGAUCGACGUUUAACAGACAGUUCGAGGGGGAAGGAUUGUUGUUUUCUGUGUAUGACCGAUUGUUUUCGUGAGUUUCGUUGAACGAUGGAAACCAAGAUGGAACCGUUGACACCGCCGCAUACACCGCCCACGUUGGACAGACCGAUGCACCAGCAGCAACAGUUGCAAAUCACGUCGCCCAGGUGGAUCAGGUCUCAGCAACUGAGCGCACGAUUCGGACAACAACAUUCGACGGGACAGAGUUACCAGGCAGCGUUUCUCGAUAAUUGGCUGAGAGGUGCCGCGCUACUGGCUGUCAGGGGUUGUUGCCCGCAGACUACGUCUCCCCAUUCUUAUCACCAACAAGGUCAUCAGGGCGUACAUCCAGCGCUUCCGGUACCGCCUCCCGCUUCGUUCCUUGCGAGAAGGUUGCCCGGUCAAAGACCGAAGAAGCAGUUUAUCUGCAAAUUCUGCAACAGACAGUUUACCAAGAGCUACAAUCUGCUGAUUCACGAGAGAACUCACACGGACGAGAGACCGUACUCUUGUGACAUCUGUGGGAAAGCCUUUCGCAGGCAGGAUCAUCUGAGAGAUCAUCGAUAUAUCCAUAGCAAGGAGAAACCCUUCAAGUGCAGCGAAUGCGGAAAAGGAUUUUGUCAGAGCAGGACUCUGGCUGUUCACAAGAUCCUGCACAUGGAGGAAUCGCCGCACAAAUGUCCAGUUUGCGCGAGAAGCUUCAACCAAAGAAGCAACCUGAAAACGCAUCUUCUCACGCACACGGACGUGCCGCAAGAUUUGAGAGUGGAAGCUCCGGUCGCAUCGGAAUCGAAGAUCGACGCUUCCGCGACCGUUAGACAAAUGGCGGAAAGGGUGACCAGCCUGGUCCCGAUUCAAAGGACCAGCACCACCGUUCCGAAAUUAGGCUUUAGUAUAGAAGAUAUUAUGAGGCGUUAAACUAUCUGCUUUUCGAUUCCUCUUAUGUUUUUUUUUUUUUACCGCCGAUCUGUUUCUUUCACGAAAUGUACAACGUGUUUCGUUCGGACUUCGGCAUAAAAUUUCCCUAUUAUUACUGAAACAUAAUUUCGACUAUCGCAAGUAUCGCGACACCGAAAAUAAUUCAUUGCAAGAAGGCUAAAUUACAUAUUUUCGCCAGGAUCGAUCGCGAUUCCCGGUCGAAACACGUUCGUUACAAAUGUAUUUGUACGUCACGUUGUAAAUAUAGUUUCUGCGCUUAAGUUAUUCGAUUACAUUUCGUGUGUGUUGCGAAGGGGAAAGAACGGCUGAAGCUUAUCCUUGUCUUUCUUUCUCCUGUUAUUUGUAAAUAAGGGUGUACCUAUAUUUAACUGUAAAAUAGUAGCUAAUUGCUCGAAGGCGUAUGUAUCGUGAUUAGACAUAGUUUGUACUUCUUUUACUUAUUUAUUGUUUACGAUGAGGAGUAUUUGGAAAACGUGUAACUUCUCCUUUGUGGCUUUAACAGCAUGUAAUUGCGUUAAGAAUAGGUAGUAUCUCUGGUAGAUUCUAUCUUUGUUUCUACCUUUUACGAUUAUACAAAUUUUACAUUUAACCAAAGAUCGAUCGAACACUCGACAAAUUAAGUGCACGUUUCUAUACGUUUUAAUACCGAUGUUUUCCAGAAGCAUCGAAACGAUGAAAUUAUGAUUAAACGAGAUCGAAAAAUAAAUCACACGCGACAAGCCAGCUCGGAGAAAGGGAAAUCCUAACCGUUGGAACGAUCAGUGAAACGUACGUGUGUUUUCAGGUCGUGAAUAAGGAGGCGUCGGUGGUAUAUCUCUCUGGAGGCGUCAAAGUAAUUGGUUACUGCAAGGGCAGACAAGAAUCUGUCCCAGGAAGCCGCAAGGUGUUCUUCCUCUAUCCAGACGUAAAUCGAGUUUCCUGAUCUGUCUGUAUACCCUCUGCGUCACCGCCCGUAUUUUUCUCUCCUAAAAUUAGGAAUUCUCGAUCAGAUAAACCGAAAGGGACACAUCCCGGUAGUUGCCUGCGCGCCACCUUUCUUCUCACCAUUGCCCUGUAAAUAGUCCCAAAGAUUGUUCCCCCCUCUUCACCUGCGUGUCUGCUUCUUCGCCUUUCUCUCGUUUAAUCUAGGAAAGAAAAAGACGUCCGUCCCGCUUCUCGCCCUCUGGACCACCCACGUCUUCUACGUACACGUAUAGUUUAUAUACCUGACACGAUCGCGACACGGUUGUCGCGAUACGUAUUCCUUCGGGCCUCUUACCUAAUGGCUGGAAAGCUCCCUCGCCGGUGAUUCCAACGCGUUACCAUUAAUUUAAGACCGUUGUAAAUAAACUCGCGCGAGGGUUGCAGCAGAGAUUUUUGGUUUUUCAAAUCUGCCCACGACUUUGUACGGCGCAAGCGAACGAGUUACACUUUGCGCAAGAUAUACCGGAGAUUUUCGUAGGUGUCUUUGAGGUGUUUUUUAAGGAAAUUGCGAGAAUAGCGGAAGUGUUUGAAGUACUCUUUUAAUUAAGGAUUCGCGAUAAAAUACAAGAUUAUAUCUGCGAAUGGUGGUACUCGAAGUAACUCCAACGCGAAAAGCUGUAGAGAGAGAGAAAGAGAGUCGAUUAUUAUUCUCGUUGAAAUUUCUUUCGUAGUUGUAUUUUUGCCAAUUGGUUUUUUGUGUAUCUUCCCUUCUCCUCAAUGCGUAACGAUACUGUCGGUGUUCCGAUUUCGGUAAUCGAAACGUUCGGAUAUUGCGAAUGGAUGAGCGUGCUAACGCGUAGUUAUACCAAAAAAUAAAUAGGAUACUGUCGCCCUAGUCUAUUCUAAUGUAUAUUUAAAUAUUAUUGUUAUCGAUUGAAAAUAGAGAUCAAUUGGAAGAAAAUGACAACCUGAUAUUUUGAUUACCUGUUAUUCCGUUGCGUUCUGUUUUUUCUUUUAUAUCUUUUUAAGCGGAUUUUUUAAGCUGUAUAUCUUACAUAUUUUAUACACUAUGAUAUAUUUAAUCGAUAAAUAUGGAUUUUAAUUUGUACAAAAGUCAACUGAUACAUUCCUUUAAU